AUGUUAAAAGCUAGAGUCAUAAGACAGAGCAAUACUGCGGUAUUACAGCUCCACAAAAGGUGUUUAGCGACCCAGGGAUUCAGUUACCCUGUUCCUCCAGAGUACCAAUCUAGAACCCCACCAUACUCCAAACUAGUUGAUAAACUUGCAACAGUUAAACAAAUAGUCAACAACCAGCCGUUGACCCUCGCCGAAAAGAUUUUGUACUCGCAUUUAUGUAAUCCCGAGGAGAGUCUUACGUCCUCAAAUGUUUUUGAUAUCAGAGGUAAAGAGUACUUGAAAUUAAAUCCUGAUAGGGUUGCAAUGCAAGAUGCAUCAGCUCAAAUGGCAUUGCUACAAUUCAUGACCUGUGGUAUGAGCUCAACUGCUGUACCAGCAUCGAUCCACUGUGAUCAUUUGAUUGUGGGAAAAGAUGGUGCUUCUUCCGAUUUGACGAAAUCAAUUGCCACAAACAAGGAAGUGUUUGAUUUCUUGCAAAGUUGUGGUGAGAAAUAUGGUAUACAAUUUUGGGGACCGGGAUCAGGUAUCAUUCAUCAAAUUGUAUUGGAAAAUUUCUCGGCCCCAGGGUUGAUGAUGUUGGGCACUGAUUCGCAUACACCAAAUGCCGGUGGUCUUGGUGCCAUUGCCAUUGGUGUAGGCGGUGCCGAUGCUGUUGAUGCUUUGACAGGAACGCCAUGGGAGUUGAAGGCGCCAAAGAUUAUGGGUGUGAAAUUAACUGGAAAAAUGUCGGGAUGGACGUCACCAAAAGAUGUCAUUACUACAUUGGCAGGUAUCUUGACUGUAAGAGGAGGUACAGGAUACAUCGUCGAGUAUUUUGGCGAUGGAGUUGCUAACUUAUCAUGUACUGGUAUGGCUACUAUUACCAAUAUGGGAGCUGAAAUUGGAGCCACCACCUCAAUUUUCCCAUACCAAGAAGCUCACAAGAGGUAUUUGACUGAAACAAAUAGAGAACCUGUAGCGAAUGCUGCCGCUGCUGUAAACAAGGAGUUCAAAUUUUUACAAGCCGAUGAAGGUGCAGAGUAUGACAAAGUGAUUGAAAUUAAUCUUUCUGAAUUGGAACCACACGUUAAUGGUCCUUUCACUCCCGAUUUGUCAACGCCCAUUUCCAAAUUUGGAGAAACUGCCCAAAAAGAAGGCUGGCCAGCAACUGUUUCAGCUGGUUUAAUAGGAUCAUGUACAAACUCAUCGUACCAGGAUAUGUCAAGAGCUGUAUCUAUUAUCAAACAAGCAGAAGCAGCUGGGUUGAAGCCAAAGAUUCCCUUUUUCGUUACCCCAGGUUCAGAACAAAUCAGAGCAACAAUUGAGAGAGAUGGACUCAUAAACACCUUUGAGAAAAACGGUGCUAUUGUCUUGGCCAAUGCAUGUGGUCCUUGUAUUGGACAAUGGGAUAGAGUUGAUGUCCCCAAGACAUCCACUGAAUCCAAUGCAAUUUUCACCAGUUUUAAUAGAAACUUCAGAGCUAGAAACGAUGGAAAUAGAAACACCAUGAACUUCUUGACGUCUCCAGACAUGGUCACGGCCAUGAUUUAUUCAGGUGACGUCAACUUCAAUCCAAUAACUGAUAGUAUCAAAUUGGAAAAUGGUAAAGAGUUUAGAUUUCAACCACCAGAGGGAAUCGAUUUGCCCAGUAAAGGAUUCAUCAAAGGUAGAGCAGAAUUCUACCCUGAACCAAACCCUCAACCAAAGCCAGAAGUUCCCGUCAGUGUUAGCCCUACUUCAGAUAGAUUGCAACUAUUAGAUCCUUUUGAACCAUGGGGUGGUGAAGAAUUGUCAACCAAUGUCUUACUUAAAGUGGAAGGAAAAUGUACUACAGACCACAUUUCAGCAGCAGGAGCAUGGUUGAAAUACAAGGGUCAUUUGGAAAACAUUUCCUACAACACUUUAAUCGGAGCUGUAAAUAAGGAGACUGGUGAAGUCAAUAAAGCAUACGAUUUGAAUGGCGACUCAUAUGGCAUUCCUGAAUUGAUGAUGAAAUGGAAAGAUGACAAGAGACCUUGGGUUGUUGUUGCCGAACACAAUUACGGUGAAGGUUCAGCAAGAGAACAUGCAGCCUUAUCGCCAAGAUUCCUUGGUGGUUCAGUCAUUUUAGUCAAGUCUUUUGCCAGAAUCCACGAAACAAACUUGAAGAAACAAGGUAUGUUACCAUUGACGUUUGCCAAUGAAGAGGAUUAUGAUAAGAUACUGGCAGGUGAUUUGAUAACCACAAUUGAUUUGAAAGAUAUGAUUGCCAAGGACGGAAAUAAUGGAGGAGGUUUACGAUUAAAAGUUAUCAAGAAAGAUGGUUCUGAGUUUGAAAUUUCGGCCAAGCAUACAAUGUCAAAGGACCAAGUUGAGUUUUUCAAAGCCGGAUCAGCUAUUAAUCACAUUGGUAAUUUGAAAAAGCAAGAGUCAAGCGCUUGA